CCCGAGCAGACGAAAAACACCGGACAAUGUUCAUUUCUGUACAUGUUCGCUUCUCCUGCCACCUGCUGGCCUGGUCAGUCUGCUCACUCGUACCAUAUGUUCAGAGCGCAGAUGAAGUGACACAAAGCCCGGCGUCUAAGGAGGUGACAGAGGGUCAAUCCGUCAUUAUCGACUGCAGUUACAAAACCAGUAACUUUUAUGCGAUGCAGUGGUACAAACAGCCCAUUAACGGUGGUUCGCCUAAAUACAUAAAUAAAGCGACAGGUUCCUCUAAGCAUGGAGAUUACAGCGGGAAAUACUACCACAGUGACACGAGAGGCUCUGCACUCCAGCAAAAACCUUCAGCAGAAAUCAAGUGGCAUCCAGAUGCUUAUCGACCCUUUGAGGAACUAAUUCCUCUACUAAAACUCCUGGAGAAGAAGUACAACAUAAAAAGUAAAGACAACACUGCCCCUAGGGCCCAGAAGAACGAGGUAACAAUGAGCACAACCCACAGCACAGCGAACACAGGAGCGCAGUCGUGUUACUCUCAGUUCUACAUGGAGAAAUCAUUCAUCUUACUGAUUGUCACCAUCACCACAGGACUGAGUGCUGGUGAUGAUAUCAGACCUGAAAAGGAUCAACAGUCCGGUACAGAAGGAGAAUCAGUGACACUGAGCUGUAAAUACAGUACUAACAGUGAAGAUGUUUAUCUCUACUGGUACAGACAGAACCCGAACCAGGCUCCUCAGUACCUCCUCUACAAGGGGGCCCGAUCAGACAGUAGUGCUGAACACAGUACAAAUAAGAGAUUCAAAUGUACCACAUCCAGGGACUCAACCCAGCUCACCAUCGAAGCUCUUACCAUGUCAGACACAGCCAUCUACUACUGCGCUCUGAUGGUGGCACAGUGA